AUGGAAGACGAGCGGGCGGAGCAGUCUGCACGUGUGGCGCCUGCGCUUGGCCUGGAAUUUUCCCCCUCCUUCAACUCGACCACCCCAACCUCGUCGCUUGCCGUUUCUCGCGACGGCCGGACUCCUGCGAUCUUACUCACAAUGGUCCGCCAUAAAAAGGACAACUUCUCUCGAGGAGGCAAGAAACCCUCGAACCCCCGCGCCCGACCGGUGCCCCGCGGUGAUGGCGAUGGCAGUGCCGCUGGUUCGUCGCGACCGGCCUACAAAGCCGCAUGCUGGGAUAUGGGACAUUGCGAUCCUAAGCGGUGCUCCGGAAAGCGUUUGAUGAAGCUGGGAUUGAUGCGUGAGCUUCAUGUUGGCCAGCGAUUUCCUGGCGUGAUCGUCUCACCCAAUGCGAAGAAAAUCGUCUCUCCUGCGGAUCGCGAACUUAUGGAACAGUAUGGUGCCGCUGUGGUGGAGUGCUCCUGGGUACGAGUCAAGGAAGUGCCUUGGUCGCGAAUUGGCGGCAAAUGCGAAAGACUGCUCCCCUACCUUAUCGCUGCGAACACAGUCAACUACGGAAAGCCCUGGCGACUCAACUGCGUCGAGGCGCUUGCGGCCUGUUUCUUUAUCUGCGGACACGAAGAGUGGGCACAAGACGUUCUCAAGAACUUCCGAUACGGUCAAGCCUUCUUGGAUAUUAAUGCGGAACUCCUCAAGCGCUAUGCUGCGUGCAGCACCGAGGAAGACGUGAAGAGGACAGAGGAGGAAUGGUUGGCCAAGAUCGAGCAGGAGUACGAGGACAGCCGCGCCGAGGACCCCGAAGAUAUCUGGACGAAAGGAAACACCAAUCGCAUGCCCGCCGCACCGGGCUCGGAUGAUGAUGACGAUGAUGAGGACGACAGUGAAGAAGGAAGCGACAAGGAGGGCGAAGACGAAAGCGAAGAAGAAGAGGACAAGGACCCGUUUGCGAUCUCCGACGACUCCGAGGACGACGACCAGAUGGCCCAGAUUCGGCAGAAGAUCCUCAACUCCAAGUCCUUCCAAAAUCCUUCCACAUCGGAUAAGCCGCAACCAGAAAAAAUCGAACGGCCGCAGCAGCUGUAUGUUGAUUCGGAUGCCGAGUCUGGCUCGGCUGGGAGUGAGGACGAGGACUUUGACAAGAUCAUCAACGCGACUACGGUGACUGAUCGCACUGGCAUUAAGGCGAUCCAGCGUCGACGCGCUCAGGAGACGGUUACUGCCUCGUUCUCCCGGACAGAAGUCUCUGCGCCGAAGAGGUGGUGA